AUGGCCAGCCCUCGCAAGACCGUACGCAUCGGCGUCUUCAUCCCAAAGGAUUGCCAGCUGCUGGACGCAGCUUGCGUCGACAUCCUGGCCAGCAUGUCGCACGAGUACCUCAGCAUCGCCUCGGACAUGAUACCGCGGCAGGUGGUUGACCUCGCGCCGUCGGUGCGCAUCCACUACGUCGGCUCCGUCAAGGCCGGCGAGCCCAUCCCGAUGACGGCCAACCUGAGAGCCCAGGCCACGAACCACUUCGGCGACGACGAGGUCGCCCCCGGGAACCUGGACAUUGUCGUGGUGCCCGGCCCGGACCCGGCCGCCCGGUUCGAGGAGGACGCCUUGGACUGGCUGAGGCGGCACAGCGAGCAGCCCGCGACGGAUAUCCUGAGCGUCUGCACGGGCAUCUACGUCUGCGGGUACGCCGGGCUCCUGAAGGGCAAGACGAUCUGUGGGCCGCGCGGCGUGCAGGACGAUAUCACGGCCCGCUUCGGGAAGGACAUCAUCCAGAAGGGCGCCGAGCUGCGGUGGGUGCAGGAUGGCAACUUUUGGUCCAGUGGAGGUGUCACGAACGGCAAUGACCUCGCAGCAGCCUAUGCCCGUCAGAAGUCCGAGUUCUGGCCGAGGCCGGUAGUCGAGACGGUCAUCGCCUUGACCGACGUUGGUGACCGGGACCAGGCGUAUGGCAAGAGCCCGUCUAUGGCUGAUCUGGCUAGUACUCUGUGA